AUGGAACCUGAUGUUCGAAAUGAGCUUAUAGCAAGUUCAAUGAGGAGAAACCGUUUUGAUGAAAUCAUGAAACAUUUGCAUGCAGCUGAAAACACUGAUCUUGAUAAAGAAGACAAGUUUGCCAAAGUGCGUCCUAUUCUGGACAUUCUAGAUGAAUCGAUGGUCCCGUACUAUGGAGGACAUCCAACUAAACAAUUCAUCCGUGGCAAACCUAUUCGCUGGGGUUAUAAAGCAUGGAUAGCAGCUUCUCCAUUAGGAUAUUCUUAUUUCAUUGAUUUGUAUCAAGGAAAACAUCGAGCAAAGAGUGACAGCUGCUACAAAGAUACUUAUGGCCUAGGUGGAGUAGUUUUAAAAAUGCUUGAUAGACUUGAGUCUCAGUACCCUGGAAGAAAAUUUUCUCUAUUCUUUGAUAACUUCUUCACGUCAAUCAGGCUCUUGGAGACAAUCAAAGAAAGAGGACACUCUGCGACUGGAACAGUUCGUAGCAACAGAACAGAAAAGUGUCCCCUGAGCAAUGCCAAACAGUUUGAGAAACGUUCAUGA